AUGCCUUCCGAUCCGCUCCCCAUCCUCAUCGUCGGGGCUGGGAUCAGCGGCCUCACGCUGGCCCAGUACCUGCGCAAGGCCAACGUGCCGUUCCGCAUCUUCGAACGGGACGCAUCCAUGACGUCUCGCACCGGCGGAUGGGGUCUCACCGUCCACUGGGCCCUCCCCGCCCUCGAGGAGCUGCUGCCAGCGGACAUCGCGUCCCGGCUGCGAGAGACCAGCGUCAACAAGGAAGCCGCGCGCAGGGGUGACCCGGGCAGAUACCGGUUCUUCAAUCUCAAGACGGGCGAUCCAAAGUAUGAGAGUCCGCCGUCGCAGGAGGGUAGGAUUCGAGUCCUGCGGACCAAACUCAGAGCUCUUCUGGCGACCGACAUCAACAUCGAGUGGUCGAAAAAACUGGUGAACAUCGAAGACAACGAGGAGAGUGUGACGGCGUUCUUUGAGGAUGGCAGUUCAUGCAAGGGACGACUGCUUGUGGCCUGCGACGGCGCCAACUCGCGUGUCCGCAAGCAUCUCUAUCCCACGACCUACCAGAACAAGCCGAUCCCCGUCCGGUUCCUGGGGGCAACCGUCCGCUACUCGGAGGAACAGGUGACGGCAGUGCGGGCACUCGACCCCUACUUUUUCCAGGGAACUCACGCGGAGUCGAAUGUGUACUUGUACUUCAGCUUCCUGGAUACGCCGUUCAACUUCGAAGACAGCUCGGACGACUAUGUGGUGCAGAUCGUGGUCUCGUGGCCGGAAAGCAAGGGCAUCGACAUCCCUGACGGCAAUGCCGAGCGCAUCGCCCUGAUGAAGCAGCUCACGCAGGAUUGGGCAGAACCGUUCCGGGGCCUAGUCCAUAACAUCUCGGAUAAUGCCGAAGUGACAGCCAUCACGAUGCAGGAUUGGUUCCCGACGGCGAGACGCGAGCAGGGGCAUGGCCGGAUCGUGUUGAUGGGCGAUGCGGCCCACACGAUGACCAUGUUCCGGGGCGAGGGCGCUAACAACGCGGUGGCCGACGUGCAAGACUUUGUCAAGCGAGUUGGCCACCUGAUCCAACAACCGUCGGAUAAGGAGGACUGGGCGGCGAUGGAGCGGGCACUGGAAGCGUACGACCAGGACGUAUUUGUGCGAGGACAGCCGUGCGUGGUGAGCGCGCGACAGGCGUGUCUGGACGCGCACGACUUUCCCCGGAUUACGGAGGAGAGCCCUCUGAUCUCGAAGCGGGUGAGACAGGAGAGCUAG